CCUCGACUUCAGUUGCUUCAUUCAAAAGAAGACCAAACAUUCACAGAAGCAAACUAGAAGAAGAAUAACACAGGCCGUAGGCCUACUGUCCUCAAUACACAUAUGUGAUUCUAAUGAUUGGACUUCUCAAUUGGAUAUUUAAUUACUUUGUUACCUUCUGUUUGAAUUGAAGGUCGGGUAGUCGUGUCAUUUCUAGAGGUGUACAUCUAGUAUUUUAUUGGCAACAUUGAGUCGAUCUUCCUAAACCAAUGUUUAUAAUAUUCUUCUCCCUCCUAUUUCUUGACUAUGUUCGUGGGGAAGUAGUAUGGGCCGUUAAUUGUGGUGGCCCUAAACACAUCGAUUCACAUGGAGUCGAAUAUAAAGCUGAUUUCUUAGACAUGGGUACUGCAUCGGACUACGGCCGCUCGUUCGCAAUAAAUCGUGUCCCCUCAGCAGAUCAUAUAAUCUAUCAAACUGAACGGUAUCACAACGAAGACUUUUCUUAUCCUAUUCCGAUAACAUCUGAUGGAGAAUACAUUCUUACGUUAAAAUUUUCUGAGGUUUGGUUUACUGAGCGUUAUCAAAAAGUAUUCGAUGUUCAUAUUCAAAAUUCACUCCCACUUGUUCAAAACUUGGAUAUUUUUGGUCAAGUUGGCUUUGCUACUGCGUUCGAUUUAAAUGUGCCACUUAAAAUAAAAGAUGGAGUAAUAUAUAUUGGUGAACAUACAGUCAAUAUCGAUGACGAUCAUUUUACUGUGGACUUUAUUAAAACUCAAUUUGAUAAUCCGAAAAUCAAUGCUAUUGUUGUUACUAAAGGCUCAAUAGAAGAUGUCCCUCAAUUACCACCGUUAGAAGAAGUAGAAACAUUUGAUCAACAGGUGUUACAUCCCCAUAAGUUAUCUGAUUCUGAUGAAGAAGAAGAAGAAGACCUGGAAUCUGUGCAACAGAGACCAUCUAGAACACCAAGAGCAAAAGAUCCUUAUGCUUCUGUGGACUAUUCCUAUUUAAUCUUACCUAUUAUAGUAUCGGUUGGAGCAUUUCUACCAAUUCUCUUUUGUUUAUGUAAACUUUAAAGAAAAAUACAAUAGGUAGUUUCUGUUGGUAUUAUUGGUGAUGUCUUUAUUAUUGUUGUUUUGUUUUUGUGUAAUUUCUGUUGGUUAUUCACAUCUUUUGUAAGGUAUAUGCACUUGCUUUAUUUUGUCUUUCUCGAAGCUAAAAUGUUUAUUCUAUGAACUGUACAUUGUUUGACAAAAUUCACAUAUCAUUAAUGUUACUUUAUAAUAGUAUACUUAUUCUUAAGUGUUUUUUAAAUGUGUGAUUUUUCAGAUAGGUUUACUGCUUAUUUCUGUUGUAUUUUGUUUGCUGUUUUAGUCAUUAGAGUUAAUAAAGAGGGUUGUAAGUAAUUAAUGGAUACAUGAGGUUAUGUAGUAAGUGAAAUCAUUCUACAAGGAUUCACUUCCACAAUAAAAAAAAUAGUCAUAUUAACAAUAACUGUAAACAUAAUCUAAUACUUCUGUAUUGUUGGUUGUAUUAUAUAAAUGAUUUAUUUCAACUUGUAAUAAAUUGUCAUUGAAACUGUUA